CCUCUUUACUUGUAGUUUGGGACUAGGACUCUUCAACUUCCACCCUCUAAUUAACAAUGGCUUAGCCCAACUGCAUGCACAUGCAAGCACAUCUCCACCUAGAUCGCUAUUCGAUCUCCAUCUCUUCCUGAUCGAUCUUAUUCUUCUCCAUAUGAUCUGUUGCCAACACAGAUAUAUAUAUAAUAACUAUAAUUAUAUAAGCCUUCCGUCAUAGCUUCAAUAGAGAGAUGGAAAGAAUGAGUUGUAGUACUCUGCGAGAACUGGGGUGUGGAGGAAGCUUCUCCUUCAGCUGCUCCGACUCCGACUUGAACUUCUCCUCUGCCCUUUCCCAUUUCACCGACAACGUCAGCGAUGAUGUUGUGGAAGAAGACGAUGAUAGUGACGUCGACGAUGAAGAAUCAUACAUCGAAAUAGCACUGGAUCAUCACCAUCCUAAAGCAACUCAUGAUGAUUGUAAUGGAGACAGGUUAGACCAUGUCGAUUGCUUACGCAUAUCAUUUUCGUCGAGCUUCCCCUUCCCGGACUUCUCCAAUUACACCACCAACCCUAAUACAGAAGACAGCAGAGCUAGAAACAUCGUCUCUGAGACGACAACUGACCCAGCUGAAGUAGUGAAGCAGGCAGCGUCGUCCACCUCAAAGGAAGAAUUUGGGGGCUCCGAUCAUGAUGUUAGAAUCAAGAGGUCGAAAUUGCCGGCAGUCAACAGCCUAGUCAACACGUUGUUCUUUAGUCUUUGGUCAUCGUCGGACAACACCGCCAAGAAAGCCGGUGGUGUAAAAAACCAUAAUAACAUUAGUCAUCCCCAACCGCACGUGGACAACGAUAACUUCUUACAGACCAGGAAAGUAUCAAACACGAAAACCACAGUCAACGGCGGCAUCAUGAAGUGUUUUUUCAAGCUUCGAGCUAUGAAUCUUGGUACUUUGGUAGCUUCAUUUGUGAAAUCCCGAAAAGUUGUAUGUUCUCCUGAUCAAGUGUACUGUCAUUAUCCUAACGGAGAACGCAAGUUGAAGAAAUUACAAGCUCAGUCGACUCUUCAAAAUCAGAAGCCCUCAGAAAAAUUCCUCGUAAAACAGCAGCAAAAACGUGUCAAGAUGGACUUGAAUGCUGUUAGAGGGGUAUUGGAAGCUAUAGGAAGUAGUAUGAGCACAGGCGUUAACCGCAAAGAAAGAAGAACAAGGAGCUGUCCAAGUUCUAUCAAGUCCUCCCCAAUUCAUAAAGAAUUUGGAGGUGAUCAGAGUAAAGUACUUGCAAGAGAAACAUCAAUUCAGGCUGCAAUUGCCCAUUGUAAAUUUUCAUUUGAACAAAUAUCUUGAAUUUGACUAGCGUUUGAAACUUUGAAUACCUACGCGCGCUUACCUCGUUUAGGGUCUCCCAAGGGCA